AUGGAUUGCAAAAAACCCAAUAACUCUGGUUCCUCAUCGGAUGACGAUUUACAAGGAAUGAUGCCAAUGCCGCCUAAUGUAUUAAUUCCACCUCUCUUCAGCAGCAUCUUCCUUAAACGAAAUAUUAAGCAAAAACAUCUAAAGAAAUAUCUAAUAGCAGAA